GUUCUGAUGGCUAGCACUUCAUCAGUCAGUCUUUGGAGUUAACCAUUUACGAACGUGUAAUAAUACGAUAUAUUAAUAUGUCGUCAGAGGAGUGUUCAUUUUUCAACCGUGUUCCCAAGACUCGAUGCAUGUCACCGCAAUUAUUUCGAGAGUCUUACAAUCCGGAUGACUAUACGCUACGUAUAGUCGAACCCGAGAUCGUGCAAGAAUCGUUAGGAUUUAAUCCCGGCCAGCGAUUUCCGUGGAAAUCUCCCGAUUCUUGGGAACCGGACGGACAACCAUUUCCGUGCUCGACGCCGGAUUGGUAUAUCCCACCUGUUUUCGAUAUGUUCCUAAUAUCCGGCAAUUUCGCAAGCGGUGGAGAUGCACUACAUAACGAACAAUCUGGUUAUAUCAGUGACUCCGGGUGGGAUCGAGAAAACAUUCAACACUGGAAAAAAAAAAUGCUAUCGAAAUUUAACUCAGAAAUGUAG